AAAUCCCCAAACGGACCGUCGCUCACGUUGAGGGUCAAUUGUUUUGAGGAUGUGCUCGUAGUGUCCUUAAAAUGUCAAGUUUCUCCAGAUCUGCCCAGCAAUGGGCGACUUUCGCUCGUUCCUGGUUCGUAAUAGAUGCCAGGAUGCAGCCGCCUGGCAAGAUCGCAACCAUGUGCUCUGUUCGAUUACAGGGGAAGCACAAGCCUAUCUAUCACGCACUGAGUGACUGCGGGGACCACGUGGUAGUAAUCAACACCAGACACAUAGCUUUCUCUGGGAACAAAUGGGAGCAGAAAGUCUACUCAUCACACUCGGGGUAUCCGGGUGGAUUGAAACAAGUCACAGCAGCUCAGCUCCACCAUAAGGACCCAAAAGCUAUUGUGAAACUGGCGGUUUACGGCAUGCUGCCUCGGAAUCUGCACAGACGCACCAUGAUGCAGCGAUUGCACUUAUUUCCCGAAGACGAGCUGCCAGAUGACAUCCGAGCCAACCUGACAGAGGAGCUGCCUCAGCCCAGAGAAAUCCCCAAGAAACUCAGCGAGUACACCCAGGAGGAGAUCGACGCCUUCCCCAGGCUGUGGACGCCACCUGAAGACUACAAGUUCAAAUGAAGCCUGGGCUGCCCAACGUGACCAAAGCAGAAAGGUUUCUGUCUAUUAAGGCAACACUGAAAGCAACAGUAUUCUCUGUAAUAGUUGUAAUUAGGGGUUGACUGAUUAUUAGUGCUCAAGAAAACUGAUAAGAGACAUUUAGAGCAGAUGGACAGUUGCAGGAAAAAUGUACAUCUUGCUGCUAAAACACAAAACUUCCUUCAUCUUUCACAUCUGUUUAAAUAAAACUAUUUUAUUUAACAGUCUUAAAAGGACAAAGUGGUGACUACAGACAGAAAAAAAAGGCUGCGUUAAAGCCAAAAUACCACCUUUUAAAAUUAAUAAAUUUGAUCGGGACUCAUUUAAACUGGAAAACCGCCAGUCGGUCAACCCCUAAUUGUAAUUAUGAGAUUGUCAGCAGGAUUUAAAUACACAGAAGCUGAUUUUCUCUGCUCAGAUGAAACAAUAAAAACCACAAUUAGACUUUUGUGUAAAUUCAACUGACAGUUUGCUUUUCUCCUCCAAAACUUCCAUCGAGACUUAAUUGGAUGUUUUUACCAAAGCUCAGAGUCAUAACGCAGGUGACAGAACCAUCAACACAAACUCCAUCCUCCGUUCUGUCACUUGUGUUCGUCUCAACUGGACCACAGCAAACUUAAAUGAUCCAAGAGCAGCGUGAGGUUUCACCACGUGGCUCCUGCUCUGAUCGGAGAAAAAUCAGAUUCUGCUGCUUUCUUCUCAGAUUAUACGACCAUGAAAUGAUCAGAUUUGGCUCAUAAAAAUGACAUCUGCUCGAGCUGAUCCUCCCUUUGAAGGUUCGUGGGUUCACAGUGAAAACAAUUAAUGUGUUACCAUGACAACAUUUGGCGCCAUCGAUGCGCUCUGCUUGGAAAACGUUCACUUUGGUCGGGACUUUUCUUCUUGUCGUUUGUGUUUCCAUGUCGAAGAAUAAAUCGGUUGAGUGUAUUGCAAAAUAGGCUAAUAAACAAUUUAACGAA